UCUGGCCUUGCGUACCUGCGAGUAUCGAAGAGGCAGACUUAGGAAGGAACGUAGCCUCGUCAGACGACUUGCAAUCACGACGCGGAGAAAUUUCAUUUGCAACGCAGCCAAGUCAAAGCGGAAAGGGGAAAAUCAAAUCAGCCCCGCAUGGACGUGUGCAUCAUCUUACCAUGCUGCCAGACGACUGACCCAGGAUAGGACAUACCGACAAGCUCUUGGAACUGGUCAAGCAAGGCCUUUGAGGUCGGGCAGCUGAGUCAUAGCUGCUCAUGGCGCCGCCUCCGCCCAAGCGAAAGCUCAUUGACUUGGUGAAGGACGACGCAGAUGUGCAGCCAGCCCAAGCUCACCGGCCCUCGCCUUCGUCUGGAGCCAAGCCAGGCGUACCGCCAAGCGCUCACGAUGCCGCCAAGAAAGGGGAUGAGGAGGACUUUAUGUCAGACGCCUACCUCACCUCCAUUGCCAACGCUGCGAAUGCUCCGGCAUCCAAGGGUCCUCGUCGUCGUCAUCUGCAGGCUGCUAUUCCUCAAGAGCCAAAGGAUGAAGAGACGCAGCGCUUCCUUGGUCUGAGCAAGAAUCUUAUGGACAGUGGCAAGGAAGGUCCACUGGCUGGGGAAGACAACAAGGCGAUGCGGAUGAUGAUGCUCAUGGGCUAUGAGCCAGGCAAGGCCCUCGGUGUGGACCGUAGGGAGGAAACAGAGCAGAGGGAAUUACCUGACGAGAGCAAAGAGGCAACCGUGCACGAAGACGUCCCGGAUCCCAAGGUCGACCCCUCCUCCGCCCUCUCCGGACCACUCGCAACGAAAGGCCAGGGACCCCACCUUCUCGAGCCUCUCCUUCCCAACACCUCCCGCCUCGGCUCAGGCGUAUCGGCCCGCAGAGGUAUCGGCUCCCUCUCCACGCUCAUCUCCCGUGCCGCCCAAUCGCACGCCGAAGCGCAGGCCCGCGAAGUCCAGCAAAGCAAUCAGCUGCAGGACUAUCGCGCUCGCUCUGCUCUGCUGGCAAAGGAGACGCACGAGAGGAAGCUCCUGGAAAGAGGAAGGAGGACCUGCUGGGAGUUGGACACUCGAGAGGCUGAUGGGAAGGUGGGAGGAGAGGAAGAAGGAGAAGGGAAGGCAGACUAUUCGCCUCUUUGGCUGGACGAGAGGUGGUUCACUUCCAAGAGCGAGGACUUGCCGGCGGAAGUGGCACAGCUGGUGGAGAGGGCGGUGGGAGAUGAAAUGGUCGACAAAGAAGAGAACAAGCCUGAGGAGGCCGAGCGAAAACAGGAAGAAGGUUCAUCAGACGCAGGAGGCGACAUACCGCCUCCUGCCCAGCCCGUUACGCGACGGGUCCAGACUCGUCAGUUCCUCUCCCUCCCCGUCUCCGCUCGCCUGGCGAUCACACUCGAUCAUCUGCGUUCGCAUCACCACUACUGCCUCUUCUGUGGGGUGCAGUACGACUCACAAGAGGACAUGGAAGCGACCUGCCCUGGUGAGGAGGAGGAAGAUCAUGAUUGAAGGCAAAGAUUGAGUGCGUUCGUCUCUUGUAAACGCUAAUUGUAUAGUACAUGUCACCUCAUCGCGCGUGCCAG